AUGUUUGGUGUGCGGCGAGGGUAUCGAGAAGGCGCUGUUUCCCUAGAAGUGGCAACCAAGGUGGAUGGCCAGGCAAAACAAUGGCGCGCAGCAGUGCAGCUUCUCCGCGAACGAAUCCAAUCAGGUACGGAGCUCUCCCCAGGUCACUACAUGGCGGCUGUCAGCGCAUGCAGAAGAGGCGGGCAAUGGCGACUGGCACUGUCGCUGCUCAGCGAGAUGUGGGAGUCGAAUAUGGAGCCCGACAUCAUCAGCUGUAGCGCUGGGAUUAGCGCGUGCGAGAAGGGCGGGCAGUGGCAGCGGGCCUUGGCAAUGCUAAACGAGAUGCGGGAGGCGGAGCUAGAUCCCAACGUCAUCCAUACCUCAGCUACAACGCUGGGAUCAGUGCGUGCGAGAAGGGCGACCAGUGGCAACGUGCUUUGGCGCUGCUCAGCGAGAUGUGGGAGGCGAAGCUGGAGCCCGACUUGCAGUCAGCUACAGCGCUGGGGUCAGCGCGUGCGAGAAAGGCGAGCAGUGGGGGCGAGCUCUGGCGCUGCUGAUCGAGAUGCGGGAGGCGAAGCUGGAACCCAACGUCACCUUCAGCUACAACGCUGGGAUCAGCGCGUGCGAGAAAGGCGAGCAGUGGCAGCGCGCUCUGUCGCUGCUCAGCGAGAUGCGGGAGGCGGAGCUGGAAACCGAUUCAGUUACAGCGCUGGAAUCAGCGCGUGCGAGAAAGGCGACCAGUGGCAGUGUGUUUUAGCGCUGCUCAGCGAAAUGCGAGAGACAAAGCUGCAGCCCGACGCAAUGAGCUUCAGCGCUGGGAUCAGCGCCUGCGGGAAAGGUGAGCAGUGGCAGCGUGCUCUGGCACUGCUCAACGGGAUGCGGAAGGCGAAGGUGGGGCCCCACUCGGAUACAACGCUGGCAUCAGCGCAUACGCGACUGGCAAGCAGUGGCAGCGGGCUUUGGCGCUGCUCUGCGAGACGCGGGAGGCGAAGCUGGAACCCGACACCAUCAGCUACAGCGCUGGGAUCAGCGCGUGCGAGAAGGGCCAACAAUGGCAGCGGGCGCUGGCGCUGCUCAGCGAGAUGCGGGAGGCGAAGGUGGAUCCCAACGUCAUCAGCUACAACGCUGUGGUCGGUGCGUGCGGGAGCUGCGAGCAGUGGCUGCGGGCUUUAG